CCGCCCACGUCUUACGCGAUGACGUCACUACUGCGCGCCUCGUCCAGCCGCUCCUGCAGACUCCGCUCAGCGUGUUGUGUUUCUUUCUGUUUUGGAGAUAAAUAAUCAUGUCUCUGGAGGUGGAAUCCGCAGACGUCAUCCGUCUGAUCAUGCAGUACCUGAAGGAGAACAACCUGCAGAGGACCCUGGUGACCCUGCAGGAGGAGACCACCGUGUCCCUGAACACCGUGGACAGCAUAGAGAGCUUCGUGGCCGACAUCAACAGCGGCCACUGGGACACCGUGCUGCAGGCCAUCCAGUCCCUGAAGCUGCCCGACAAGACCCUGAUAGACCUGUACGAGCAGGUGGUGUUGGAGCUGAUCGAGCUGAGAGAGUUGGGUGCAGCCCGUUCCCUCCUGAGGCAGACCGACCCCAUGAUCAUGCUGAAACAGACCCAGCCGGAGAGGUACAUCCACCUGGAGAACCUGCUGGCUCGCUCCUACUUCGAUCCCAGAGAGGCGUACCCGGACGGCAGCAGUAAGGAGAAGCGCCGGGCGGCCAUCGCUCAGGCUCUGGCGGGGGAGGUCAGCGUGGUGCCGCCCUCUCGUCUCAUGGCUCUGCUGGGACAGUCUCUGAAGUGGCAGCAGCAUCAGGGUCUCCUUCCUCCUGGUAUGACCAUCGAUUUGUUCAGGGGUAAAGCUGCCGUUAAAGAUGUGGAGGAGGAGCGCUUCCCCACCCAGCUCAGCAGACACAUCAAGUUUGGACAGAAAUCUCACGUGGAGUGCGCCCGAUUCUCCCCCGAUGGUCAGUACCUGGUCACCGGCUCCGUGGACGGCUUCAUCGAGGUCUGGAACUUCACCACCGGCAAAAUCAGAAAGGAUCUGAAGUACCAGGCUCAGGAUAACUUCAUGAUGAUGGACGACGCCGUGUUGUGUAUGGGCUUCAGUCGAGACACGGAGAUGUUGGCCACCGGCGCUCAGGAUGGAAAGAUCAAGGUGUGGAAGAUCCAGAGCGGUCAGUGUCUGAGGAGGUUUGAGCGCGCUCACAGUAAAGGAGUCACGUGCGUCAGUUUCUGUAAAGACAGCAGCCAGCUCCUCAGCGCCUCCUUCGACCAGAUAAUCAGAGUCCACGGACUGAAGUCAGGUAAAACUCUGAAGGAGUUCCGAGGCCACACCUCCUUUGUGAACGAAGCCACGUUCACUCCAGACGGACACCACGUCAUCAGCGCCUCAUCGGACGGGACAGUGAAGAUGUGGAACAUGAAGACCACUGAGUGCUCCAACACCUUCAAGCCUCUGGGCACGUCGGCCGGCACCGACAUCACCGUCAACAACGUCAUCCAGCUGCCCAAGAACCCCGAGCACUUUGUGGUGUGCAACCGCUCCAACACCGUGGUCAUCAUGAACAUGCAGGGACAGAUCGUGAGGAGUUUCAGCUCCGGUAAAAGGGAAGGAGGUGACUUUGUGUGCUGCACCCUGUCACCCCGCGGAGAGUGGAUCUACUGCGUGGGAGAAGACUUUGUGCUCUACUGCUUCAGCACCGUCACCGGCAAGCUGGAGAGAACGCUGACGAUCCACGAGAAGGACGUGAUCGGCAUCGCCCACCACCCCCACCAGAACCUCAUCGGCACCUACAGCGAGGACGGUCUGCUGAAGCUCUGGAAGCCUUGAGGUGUUUGAGCCCAAACUGAGACGUUCUCGCUCUGGACAUCGCUCUGCCCGCUCUGUCUGUGUGUUUUUAAAAACACUGGAGGAAUCAUUCUCUUUCACUGUGAACUCGUAUACAUGUUGACGAUCCCAGCAGCACACCUUAGUACAGGUGAAUCUUCUUUUUUUUUUUUUUUUUUUUAUAUAUAUAUACCAUUGAAGCCGUACAGAUGAAUUAUUUUCAACCAGUGAAAAAGCUUCAACUUCACAGAGGAACGGCGUGGUGAUGUUCGGGGUGAGGAGUGUAGAUACUAGGCUCCGUUUUGUUUUGAAAAUUCCACUUUUUUGUAAAUAUAUUUUCUAUUUGCAUUUUUGUUUUUUCUCCAAGAAGACCUGGUUAAAUAGUGUUUUUUUUUUGUUUGUGUCUUUUUUUUCGUCCCCUCUUUUUAAAUUUCAACUAGCAUUGAAUGGCAUUUCUCCAAAUGUUUUUAUAUAUAUUUUGUAUCCUGAGUGAUUUAGUUCUGUAAACGUUGAGAACCAAAUAAUACAUUCAAUUUAAUAGCAAAGUCAUUGUAAUACAUUGUUCCCACAUUGAGUACAUGCAUUUGGAAUGAGACUUAAUAUUUCAAUAUUCUACAACAUGCUGGAUGUACAAAUGUCCCAUUAAUAUAAUCGUCUGUGCCAUUAAAGCUAUUUAAC